CAAAGGAAUCCAGGAAAGGAAGCGGACGUUAAUUAGAGAACUAGGAAAGUAUUUUGAUGAAUUUUGGGGGUUUUUUCGAUAACAGUUCUGGUGUUGGUGGUGGUGGUGCUAGAGUCGUGGCCGACAUAUCUUACAGCAACAUGCCGGCUGGUGCUAUCGCUCAGCCACGCCUUGUCGCUCCGUCUCUGGCCAAAUCUAUGUUCUCUUCUCCGGGCCUCUCUCUCGCUCUUCAAACAAGUAUGGAGGGGCAUGGCGAUGCAAGUCGGAUUGGAGAAAAUUUGGAUUCCCCAGCAACAGUUGGGAGGUUUAAUAGAGAAGACGGGUAUGAGAGCAGAUCUGGUAGCGAUAACAUGGAGGGCGGAUCCGGUGAUGAUCAGGAAGCCGAUAACCCAAAGAGGAAGAAAAGAUACCACCGACACACUCCACAGCAAAUCCAAGAGCUUGAAUCUCUCUUUAAGGAGUGUCCUCAUCCGGAUGAGAAGCAAAGGCUAGAACUAAGCAGGAGGCUUAACCUGGAAACUAGGCAAGUAAAGUUCUGGUUUCAGAAUCGACGAACUCAGAUGAAGACUCAACUGGAACGCCAUGAGAACUCAAUACUUAGGCAAGAGAACGAUAAGCUGAGAGCUGAGAAUAUGUCGAUUAGGGAUGCUAUGAGGAACCCAAUCUGCACCAACUGUGGUGGUCCAGCGAUGUUAGGCGAGAUCUCUUUGGAGGAGCAACACCUUAGGAUUGAGAAUGCCCGUUUGAAAGAUGAGCUUGAUCGAGUUUGCGCCCUUGCAGGGAAGUUCUUGGGCAGGCCAAUCUCCUCUUUGGCCACUUCAAUGCCACCUCCUAUGCCUAACUCUAGUUUGGAACUCGGUGUCGGAAGCAAUGGGUUUACUGGGUUAAGCGGUAGUGCUGCAACUUUGCCUUUGGUAACUGAUUUUGGAGGUGGGGUUUCUCCUGGUGGCUUGUCUGUUGCGCCUCCACCCAGAACAGCAGCUGCUGUGACAAGCCUUGAGAGGUCACUGGAGAGAUCGAUGUUGCUUGAGCUUGCUUUAUCUGCCAUGGACGAGUUAGUCAAGAUGGCUCAAACCAAUGAGCCUCUUUGGAUUCCUAACUUUGAAGGUGGGAAGGAAACAUUAAACCAUGAAGAGUAUAUGCGAGUUUUCCCUUCCUGCAUUGGAAUGAAGCCAAAUGGGUUUGUAACUGAGGCAUCGAGGGAGACUGGUAUGGUGAUCAUCAAUAGCUUGGCUCUGGUUGAGACACUAAUGGAUGCGAAUCGAUGGGCUGAAAUGUUUCCUGGGAUGAUCGCUCGAGCAUCCACCACCGACGCGAUUUCAAGUGGUAUGGGCGGAACCAGAAAUGGUGCACUUCAGUUGAUGCAUGCGGAGCUUCAAGUUCUUUCUCCACUGGUCCCGAUUCGUGAAGUCAACUUCCUGAGGUUCUGCAAACAGCACGCAGAGGGGGUCUGGGCUGUUGUCGAUGUGUCUGUGGACACUCUCCGAGAAGCUUCAUCAACUGCGCCUACUUUUGUGAACUGCAGGAGGCUUCCAUCAGGCUGUGUAGUACAAGAUAUGCCGAAUGGCUACUCCAAGGUAACAUGGGUGGAACAUGCGGAGUAUGAUGAGGGCAUAGUUCACCAGUUAUACCGUUCGUUGCUGAUCUCAGGCAUGGGUUUCGGCGCACAGAGAUGGGUCGCUACUCUACAGAGGCAAUGUGAAUGCCUAGCCAUCCUCAUGUCUUCCUGUGUCCCUACCAGAGAUAACGCUGCAGCCAUAACCCCGAGUGGUCGGAGAAGCAUGUUGAAGCUGGCACAGCGAAUGACGGAUAAUUUCUGUGCUGGGGUGUGUGCGUCUGCGAUUCACAAGUGGCACAAGCUAUGCAGCACUGGCAAUGUUGACGCCGACGUUAGGGUUUUAACUCGGAAGAGCAUAGACGAUCCCGGCGAGCCUCCCGGUGUGGUGUUAAGCGCUGCCACCUCCGUCUGGCUCCCAAUCUCUCCGCAGCGUCUCUUUGAUUUCCUCAGAGACGAGCGUCUGAGGAGUGAGUGGGACAUCCUAUCUAACGGUGCGCCCAUGCAAGAGAUGGCCCACAUUGCCAAGGGCCAGGAACAUGGCAACUGCGUCUCCCUCCUCCGAGCUGGUGCCAUGAACUCGAAUCACAAUAGUAUGCUAAUACUCCAAGAGACGUGCAUCGACGCUUCAGGAUCUCUUGUAGUGUACGCACCAGUGGAUAUACCAGCAAUGCAUGUUGUGAUGAACGGUGGUGAUUCUGCCUACGUGGCGUUACUCCCAUCUGGGUUUGCAAUCGUACCCGAUGGUCCGGGUACUCGUGGCUCCACCACCCCGUUUGGUGGAUCCAACGGAGGCAACAACAACAACAACAACAUCAGUAACGGAGGUGGGUCUCGGGUGGGUGGUUCUUUACUGACUGUGGCGUUUCAGAUACUUGUGAAUAAUCUGCCGACUGCGAAGCUCACGGUGGAAUCCGUAGAGACGGUGAAUAACCUCAUCUCUUGCACCGUACAGAAGAUCAAAGCCGCCCUUCGCUGCGAAAGCUAGGAGGCCAGACUAGCCAGAUCAGUAUCUGGGAAGGAAGGGAGGUGUUUGGAUAAUAAUGACUUGCUUCUAUCUUCAUUUUUUUGUCUUACUGUUUUUUUUUUUGUUUAACUGGGACAACCAAUCCCUGCCCUUGGGAGAAGACAGUAUAGAGUGGGUUUUUGUUUUUUUUUUUUUUUGGCUUUUCGUUUGAUAGGAUAUAGGUAUAAGGGACUAAAGAGGAAGGAGGAGAUGACUGUGAAGCUCUCGGGACCAUAUUCGCAUGGUGGGGUAUUGAGUCAAGAACGAACCGCGCGAAGAGAAUCCUUGCUGGGUGGUCAGAAUAUAGGCCAGGGAGUGCUAAGUCUCUAUUAUAUCUGGUUUGUUGUGGGCUUAGAGCUAGCUAUAUGGGUGUGUUCUUAACACAACGCAAGGAUGGUGGUUCGGGUAUUGACUCGUCGACCCGCGAUUUUGUGUCGAGUAAUUUGAAGAUAUAUGAGAUCAUGGAGCAUAGAAUGGAUAUAUAUCAGUUAUCAAAGAUUCUGAAGCAGCAAGAAAUUAGGAAA